UAUUGUGUUUUCUCUCUCUUCCAACCUGUCCCAAUUUUUAACGCGUUCACGCGUUUAGUUGUCGCUUCAAAGGUAAAUAACCACUAUAUAUAAUCACCCUCCCAAUUCCUCAAAACUCAGGUGCAGAAAUUAACUUCAACAAUUUCUCCCUUUUUAUUAUCUGCAUCUAAAAUUACACUUAGAUAAAAGAAAAUGCCAUCAUCAUCUUCAUUGGAAGACCAACUCUACCCAUCUACACCAGGAAAAUUCAAGAUCGAAAGAAACCACGGUCUAAUGAACCGUCAGGUUCACCGUUGUUUCGGUUCAUCAAGCACCAUGUUCUUGUGGGCGCUUUUGCUUAUCGCAUCAACUGUUUCUUACGUCACUUUUCAAGGCGUCGUUGAUUCCGGUAGCCGGUAUCUCUCCGCUUCAUGGGGUGGAAUUCAAUGGGAAAAACAAGUCAGAGCCUCCGCUCAAAUCCACCGUCAAGGCGGCAUGUCAGUACUUGUUACCGGCGCAGCAGGUUUCAUUGGGUCCCAUGUUUCUCUUGCUUUGAAAAGAAGAGGUGAUGGUGUCGUUGGACUUGAUAACUUCAACGAUUACUAUGAUCCUUCAUUGAAAAAAGCUCGAAAAGCGCUUUUACAAAGCCGCGGCGUUUUCAUCGUGCAUGGUGAUUUAAACGACGCGAAGCUAUUAGCAAAGCUUUUCGAUGUUGUGGCUUUUACUCAUGUGAUGCAUCUCGCAGCUCAAGCUGGUGUCAGAUACGCUAUGGAGAAUCCUAUGUCAUAUGUUAACAGUAACAUCGCCGGUUUAGUCACGCUUCUUGAAGCUUGCAAAACGGCGAACCCUCAACCGUCGAUUGUUUGGGCUUCUUCGAGUUCGGUUUAUGGUUUAAACGAGAAAGUUCCGUUUUCUGAAUCGGAUCGGACCGAUCAACCGGCGAGUUUAUAUGCAGCGACGAAGAAAGCAGGUGAAGAAAUCACUCACACUUAUAAUCACAUUUACGGUCUUUCAAUCACCGGUUUACGAUUUUUUACUGUUUAUGGACCAUGGGGAAGACCAGACAUGGCUAUUUUUACUUUCACUAGAAAUAUGCUUCAGGGAAAACCGAUUACGGUUUAUCGGGGUAAGAACCGGGUUGAUCUGUCACGUGACUUCACCUACAUUGAUGAUAUAGUGAAGGGAUGUGUUGGAUCAUUGGAUACUUCUGGUAAGAGUACUGGAUCAGGUGGGAAGAAACGUGGAGCAGCACCGUAUCGGAUCUUUAAUCUGGGGAAUACUUCGCCGGUGACGGUGCCGACACUUGUGAGUAUACUUGAGCGACUAUUGAAGGUGAAGGCGAAGAAGAAUAUCGUAGAUAUGCCUGGAAACGGUGAUGUUCCUUUCACUCAUGCUAAUAUCACUUCGGCUCGAAGAGAAUUCGGGUAUAAACCCACUACAGAUAUUCAAACCGGGUUAAAAAAAUUCGUCAAGUGGUAUCUCUCUUAUUAUGGUUAUGGCAAAACUACUUUAAAUUAAUUAUUAUUGAAUUUUUUUCUUAGUUUUUUUUAGGAUUUUAAUUUACAGUCAUGGACAGAAAAAAGGAAAGAAGUCCAAAAAGAAGGAAGAAUAUAUUCUUUAGUAUUAUUCUUUACUUGAGAAGAGGUGACAGCUAGCUAAAUCAUACAGCUGUUCCUUGACUGAUUUCUUUUCUUCUUUUAUUUUUGUUAUUUUACAUUUUUUUUCUCAUCUGUAAAGAAAGUUAAUGACUUUGAAGUUCGUUUUGUCUUCUUCAAUGAUAUUUAUUUCUGAUUUUUGGUA